UUUGUGAAGGGUGCUGAGGAGACUCCUGUUCCACUGACAGAGCUCCAGUGGCCAGACUGGUUUAACAGUCAGCCACUCUGAUUGAAGUCUGAGGGGAACAGGGCGUCUCCUAGCAACUCUCAGCACGCUUCACUAGCUACACUUCCCAGGAUUCUUUGAGAGAAGCCGUGACUGCCCAAAGUGAAAUAAAGGCCUGGUGCGGCUGUGGCGAGGGACAGCUUUGGUUCAAAUUUGGGCGGGAGGCUACAUGUAUCUGCUGAAGAAUAAAAAGAUUGAUCUCUCUGCCAUGUCGCUACUCCGUGAUUACGUGGAUGUGACGGACCCCAGCUUUGUGAUGGCUGUCCUCUGCAUCGCCUUUAACCCACUUUUCUGGAAUCUGGUAGGGCAAUGGGAGCACAAGAAUCGGUCGCUCACACGCAUCUUCCGUUCUCCGUAUGUGGCCUGUUACUGCCUGGGAGCCCUCAUCCUGUUCCUUAACUUUCUGCGGAGUCACUGCUUCACAGAAGCUAUGAAGAGUCAGCCCAAACUGAAGGUCCUGGAUUGUCUUUUCGGCUACUAUGCCAGUGUGGCCAUCAUGGCAAUAGGCACAGUCUUUGUCACCUCCAGCUUCCUAGCACUUGGCUUUGUUGGGACUUUCUUGGGUGACUACUUUGGUAUCCUCAUGGAGGCAAAGGUAACGUGCUUCCCAUUCAAUGUGCUGGACAAUCCCAUGUAUUGGGGCAGCAGCACCAUCUAUCUGGGUUGGUCCAUCAUGCAUUUUGGUAAACAUUGCUUGGAGAUUUGCAUCGCAAAAUUCACGCAUGCAAGCCCAGCUGGUCUCAUCCUGACGGCGGUCGUGGCUCUGUGCUACGCAGUUGCUUUGCUCUACGAAGGGCCUUUCACAGAAGAAAUCUAUCACCAAAAGGCAACCAAGAGCAAAUAGUCCUGGCCUUGGUUGCGGAGGCUCAAGAGGAACAGGUUGGUUCAGAAGCAGGAAGCUGGUUCGCCCCCCACACCCAAACCACCAGCGCAAGAUAAUUUGACAGGAUAUGAAAAGUUCCGCCUGACUUCUGAUCAUGCUUUCCACAAACUCUUCAAAAGUCCCUUUUUAAGAUGGAAUUGGGAGGGAGCGGAUACAGGAGGAGGAUUCCCGUCCUUCACAAAGACUCUCACCAACCCCAGAUUUUUUGGGGGGGAUUCUUUUUUUAGGUAACCACACCCACACAUACACAUAGACACAGAACAAAAAAAGGUGGUUAAAAAAAAGAUUCCUCUCCAGGGAGAAAAGCCACAAGAGCACAAGUGCACUGAGCAUUAGGAAAUGUGCUUGAAUUCCGCCUAGUUUGGAUUUGGUACUGAAUUUUCUAUUCAUUUCUUUAUCUCUAUCGUUGCGGGCUGGAUUUUUAUGUAGCAGUUUUCUGUGACUAUUUUCGAAAACAGAUUUUUUUAAAAAAACACCUCUAAAAUAUCAAUAUUAAGGAUGGUUUUACUGAUAUUUUAAAAGUAUUGAUAUUUCCUUAAAAACAGUGAUAUUAAUAUCAGUAUUUUUCACGAGGGAAAAAACUGAUUGGUAAAAGCAGCAGCUAGCGGACGCAGAAAAACUUAAAUCAAUACCGGCCUGUUAGGUCGACGGAAUGCUUUCGAAGAGGCACCAGCUAAUGGACCUCCUCCCAGCUGAGCAUACCCUAGGGCAGUGGUUCCCAACCUUUAUGAGCACAGGACCCCCUUUAUAAACUGAAAAAAAAAUUGUGACCCCCUCCCCUCAGGGAGGCAGGCUGGCUACCAGGAAGGAAGGGGGAAAGCAGCCUUUCUUUGCAGGCUUGCUUCUUUUUGCUUCACAAAAAGCCCUCUCCUCUCAUUCUAAGCAAGGGCGCUGUCAGUAGCGGCAGUGCAAGGAGACGGGAAUCAGUGAUAGUAAUCCCCUCUUCUUCCUGGUAGCUCCACCCUCAGCCUCCUUUGGCAUCUGCCAGGUAUUUUAUAGGCAGAUGCCUGCCCUUAGUGCGCCUGAAAGAUGCUCUGGCGCUUCAGCAAAAGGCCUCCCCUCUCGUUUGGAGCAAGGGGGAGGUGUCAUCUGCAGUGCCAGUGGGAAGCAGACAGUGUCGAGGGAGUGAAGACUUCUUUAAAAAAUAAUAAUAAUAAAUUCAUUUAUUUACUGUUCACGGCCCCCUCUGGAUUACUUCAUGGACUCCCUGGGGGUCCCAGCCCCCAGGUUGGGAACCACUGCCCUAGGGUUUGCUGCUGUCAGUAUGUGGGGGCUGGUGAUAACCUUUGGGAGGGGAAGUGGGGGUUAGGAGCCCAGGUUUGGAGGCAUGGCUUGUGUGAGAAACCCUGGUGCUCCAAUUCCUCACGCAAUCUUCUCACCUCAACGCAAACAUUUUGAGAUCAUUCUUGUGCUACCUCUCCUCAUGGUGUUUCAGCCAGCGGAUUGUGGCUUGGAAGCUUCACAGGUACCAGAGGAUAUUUCACCAAGACGUUCCACAGGUUACGGCUGAAACACAUGAUCAGAACAGUUAUGUGAUGCAGCUUUUGCAGGGCUGAACCAUUCCAUGCCGCAGUUGGAGAAUUGACGUGUUUUGAGCAAUCAUCCCCUUUUCUAGAAAACCAAGCCCCUCUCCAUAGAAGAGGACUAGGCUAAACGGUCUUAUAUAUGACAGAGCAGUUCUCCCCACCUGCAGUCUGAAAUGGUACAUCCCGUCAAAGCUACAUCACAUGACUCUGCUGCUUGAUCAUUUCAGUCCUCAGCUUUGCUGUUUGGGUCAUGCACAUCCACUGUUCCUCAUGACUUACUUGAGAUGCGCUCUGCACUCACCUUCAUGUCUCUGAUGUCUUCAGAGCCAACUUCUUGGCCUCUGGCCUUUCUGCUUGCCCUGGCUCUCUCUACAUCAUUGGCUGACCUGCUGUGACGUCACGCAGUGGGACUUGGAAGGCAGAGGUGCAAUGGUCCCUCUCGCUACCAUUACGGAGAGCCUUAAGUUAAAUGGCUGAGUGCCAAGGUGGAAGUUGUUAGAACCUGAAUUUCAAACUAUUGUGAGCAACUUUUCUUAUAUUAAACUGCAGAAGUAUUAUCUAGAUCAGCCUUUCCCAACCUUUGGGUCACCACAUGUUGCUGGAUUACAACUCCCAUCAGCUCCAGGCAGCACGGCCAAUGGUCAGGAAUGAUGGGAAUUGUAGUCCAGCGACAUCUGGGGACCCAAAGGCUGGGAAAGGCCGAUCUAGAGCCUGACUCCAGUUUAUCCAGAUCAAAUACCUCCAGGGGUGGGAGUGGGGAAGUCACAGUACGACCUUCCCCACAAUUCAAAUAACAUUACAUGAAAAUCACAAAUAUUUCCCUCUGCCUACCUGUCGCAAAAACCCUCCGUGGUGCAGAGUGGUAAGCAGCGGUAACACAGCCGAAGCUCUGCUCACGGCUGGAGUUCGAUUCCAACAGAAGGAGGAAGUCGAAUCUCCGGUAAAAGGGAUCGAGGUCCACUCAGCCUUCCAUCCAUCCGUGGUCGGUGAAAUGAGUACCUGGCACAUACUGGGGGGUAAAGAAAGGCCGGGGAAGGAACUGGCAAACCCACCCCAUAUAUACGGUCUGCCUAGUAAAUGUCGCAAGACGUCACCCUAAGAGUCGGAAAUGACUCGCACUAUAAGUGCGGGGACACCUUUACCUUUACCUUACCUUUCCCAAUGCAAAGCAAAUUGCUGCUUGGAUUGCUAAAAGUUGAAAUGUACUCUUAACAUUUACUGCAGCUGAGGUCACAUCUAUGACAACAUGCUGAAGCUGGCUUUUCUAGCAUGGCUUUCCUUCAGAAAUGCAUGUGUUUGUGUCUGUCGAGUACCACUGCCCAUAUUUCCAGACCAGGCUGAAAAGAUUAUGACAUUUGUAAAGCACUUUGAAGAUCAAGGGAUGGAAAAACUAUCAGGUAUUAGGAAUCUGAGGCCUUUUUUGCUCUGCUAUAAAUUCUUUUCACUGUUUUCUCUCCCUAUUGCGUUCUUGUUUCUGCUUCUAUCACUUUCUGACCUGGUGCUAAGGAAACAUGUAGCUGCCAUUCCUCUCCCAUUGUUUCCAAGCUCUUCCAGACAAUUGCAGAUAUCAGCUUCUGAGGUGUACUCAAAUUCCUUCCGCAGCUGCCCUUAUCUUCUCUCCUUCGCAGAUUUUAACUUUCUGAAUUAGCUCUGAUAAUCCAGAAUAUACUGAAGAACUGCCAGAAAGAGCCAGAUUAACCAUUAUAUCAGUGAUUCCCAAACUUUUGGGGGGCACGGAUAUCUUGAAAAUGGCGGAGGAUCUGUUGUAGCAAUUGCACUGCCCCGUGCUAGAUGCUGUAUGAUUUUGUAAUUGUAUUUUUGUUGCUUUUAUUUCUUACGCUGCAUUUUAUUGUAUUACAAUUUCCAUAGAAUUCAAAUUGUAAUAAAAAAAGCAAUAUAAGAAAUGUAAGGAACAACACAAAUACAGUUAAACAUUGAUAUGAAUGUUUAAUGUGGACAUCACAUGGAUCACCGGAGACCAGUUUGGGAGCUUCUGCGUUACAUUAAGUAUAUUAUAGCAUGGAAGUCCAUGUCAAAUUCAGGUUUUAUAUCCUGGUAGAGUUACCCUAUUAUUUUUUGUUCUGUGCAGAACAGUUGAACCUCAAGGUCUUGAGUGCUAACCACCCAUUUGAAAAAUAAACAAAACACAGAA